AUGGAGCGCCUGCCGGCGGAACUCGUCUCGGCGGCGUUCGCCGGCACCACGCCACGUGACGCCGGUCGUGCCGCCAUGGUCUCCACAGCAUUCCGCGCUGCAGCCGACUCCGACAUCGUUUGGGCCCGCUUCCUGCCGCCCCUCGAGCUGCUGGCCCCCGAGCCGCAGUCAAAAAAGGACAUGUUCUUACGCCUCUUGGACGGCCCCGUCCUCCUCCGAGACAGGCUCAUGGGAGACCUUCGCCAAAUGCUACAUGCUGUCGGCGAGGAAUCUGUUCAUCGCGUCGGGCCACAUGCCGCAGCACUGGAGCUGGAUCCCUCUCUCCGACUCCAUGUUCGCGCUCGCUCUUCACACCUUCCUAUAGUAUUCCGUUAUUUGAUGCCCUUAUUAUUACAGCCAACGAUAUCUAUAUAUGAUAACCCUAGCUAUGUGUGCCACAGGUUCUCUGAAGGGGCUCAACUAAACAGUGUGACAUGGCUGGAAAUCCGUGGAGGCAUACACACCGACAUGCUCACCCCAGACUCCAAGUACGGGGCUUACCUCGUGUUUAAGAGGACCCAAAAUUUCAGUGGGUUCAAUUAUCCAAUCCAGAAGGCCACGCUCUACUUUGGACAAAUAAUGGAAUAUACCAGUCCGGUUCUCCUUGGUGAGAAUUGGACGCCGCCGCCAGAACUGGGUGUAGCUCAGCCUCAGCGCAGAGCCGACGGUUGGAUGGAGAUAUCGCUGGGUCACUUCCACACGAGCGGGAAUGAAUUAUAUGCUGAGAUGUCCUUCAGCCUGAUGGAGACGGAAGGAGAAGUGACACAGAAGCGUGGUCUGAUCGUGCAUGGCAUUGAGAUCAGACGUGAGAAAUCAGGAUGA